ACUGACCAGCUGCUAACGAUAAGUUUUAAUCAGUUUCUAUCGAUCAUUCAAAGACGAGGGACGGUAUUGAAAAGCUCAUAUUGAUACGAAACGUAUUCAAAGUCGAAAAACUUAACAAUAAUGACGAAUAAAAUAGCUGAUUGGCCAAGUGGUCCUCUGGACUCUUACAGAAAACGUGCAACAUUUGACUGGAAAUUACUGAAGCUCAAAUUGGAAGGAGAUGAAUGCGUAACGUUUCAGAAUGAGUUAUGGGACUUUAUAAAAAAUUCAGCAGUAUUUCGAAGACCCCCUUGCCCUACGUUAGAUGAAGAACGUAAACUUUGUAAUGCUCGAAUCAGAGCGCUAAGAGACAAUAAUAUUGUGAAUCCAUUAAUCCAUAGAGAAUGGUUUAAUACAUUAUUUUACUACGAUACCAAUAUAGCGAUCAAAAUGGGUGUAAUGGAUGGUAUGGUACCGAGCGCGUUACUUGUUUUGGGUACAAAAGAUCAUUAUGAUAUUGCUGAAAAGAUUCAAGACGGAAGGUAUACAUGUAGUUUUGCACUAACAGAAGUAUCUCAUGGAACAAAUGCGAAAGGAAUGAGAACUACAGCAACGUACGAUGUAAAAACAAAGAGCUUCGUCUUUCAUUCUCCAGAUUUUGAAGCUGCAAAAUGUUGGGCCGGAGGUUUAGGAAAAACUGCAACACAUUCCAUUGUAUUCGCACAACUAAUUACACCGGAUGGACACAAUCACGGUCUUCAUACUUUUAUUGUACCCAUUCGAGACCCGGGUACCCAUAUGCCUUUCCCAGGUAUUAGAGCCGGUGACAUGGGUGCAAAGAUAGCAUUAAAUGGAGUAGAUAAUGGGUUUAUGAUGUUCAAUAAUUAUCAUAUACCCCGAAACUGUUUGUUGAAUCGAACAGCAGACGUUACAGAAGAUGGAAAGUAUAUAACAUCAGUAAAAAAUAAAAACAAAAGAUUUGGUGCAUCAUUAGGUGCAUUGUCGUCGGGACGUGUUACAAUUACAUCCGUGUGUGCAAGUUUAGCGUCGAUCGCGAUGAUUAUUGCUAUACGAUAUAGCGCAGUAAGAAAACAAUUUGGACCGUCCGAAACAGAGGAAUGGCCGGUUAUAGAAUAUCAAGCACAGCAAUGGCGAUUAUUUCCUAACUUGGCAGCAACAUACGCAAUAAAAAUAUUUUCUGCUGCAUUUAUAAGUAAAAUGUCUGAAUUUCAUUUUAAACUUAUGUCUGGACAAAAUCAAGAUACUAUUGGUAUUGAAGGUAUGGAAAUACAUGUAUUGUCUUCUGCAACCAAGCCAUUAUGUUCAUGGACUAGUCGAGAUAUUAUUCAAGAUUGCAGAGAAUCCUGUGGAGGACACGGUUAUUUAAAAAUCUCACGGUUGGGUGAAUUGAGAGCUGAAAAUGAUGCAACGUGUACGUUUGAGGGUGAAAAUAAUGUGUUGAUUCAGCAAACCAGUAAUUGGUUACUGAAUCAAUGGUCAAACUUGCUUAACGGAAAACCCAUCAAUUCCCCUUUUGGAACGGCAAGCUUUGUGCAAGAUGCGAAGGAUAUUUUAAUGCAAAAGCUUUCUUAUUCAAACAUCGAUGAAGUACUAAAACCAGAAAAUUUACUUUUCUCUUUGAAAUGGUUAACGUGCUAUUACUUAAAGAACACGUAUGAAUACUCGCAAGUAUUGAAAAGCAAAGGUUGCGAUGACUUUGAAGUUAGAAAUAACACACAAGUAUUUUUUGCGCAAACUUUGUCACUGUUAUACGGACAGCAUGCAGUAAUGAUGUAUUUUGUAAAAUGUAUAGAAAAUCCUGUGUGGGGAUUAAAAGAGCGCAAUGUAUUAACAAAAUUAUGUUCCCUUUAUGGAGCAACUGUUUUAGAAAAACGAUUAGCUGAUUUUUAUGCUGGUGGUUACGCGUUACCGACAAGCAAUAUAGAUAAAGUAUUAAGAAAAGGUAUUGUAGUUUUAUGUAAAGAAUUAGUUCAAGAUGCCGUAGCUUUAGUUGACGUCUUGGCGCCACCAGAUUUUAUCAUAAAUUCACCAUUGGGUAUGGCUGACGGCCAGGUGUACAAACAUAUUGAAGAGGAAAUUUUCAAGGAUAAAGGAAACUUCGAACGGCCACCAUGGUGGAAAGAGAUAAUAAAAUCAAAAUUAUGAUAUGUACAUACAUGUAAUUAUCAUAUUUUGUUACUAUAUUUUGAAUAUUUUUCUACUAUUAAGCUCAGUACACAUUGAAGCAAUGGAAAUUUAUACAAAAUCAUAAUAAAUAUUUUUACUUGCA